GGGGACAUGGAGAUGGACAUAUAGAUGGUCACAGCGGGGGUCAUGAUGCCCACGGCUCUGGGGGUCACGGCACAGAGGGUCACGGGGAAGCUGGGGGUCACGGAGGUCACGCCGAAACUGGUCACGGUGCCAGCGGUGGAGGUCAUGGACACAAUCAUGGAGCAGGUCACGGUACCAGCGGAGGUCACGGAGACGGGGGUCAAGGGGGUCAUGGGAGUCAGGAUGGGGGUGAUGACAAAGGGGCCGCUUCGUUGACGCUGCAGACGUGUGCUGUUCUGCUACCCGCCAUGCUCAGUGUGUUCUACACCAGGAACUAACUGCACAGUUCGUCCGCCAUCUUGAAUCUGUGCAUCUAUUUAAGAGCCGCCAUGUUUGGUGGGUUUGUGCUGAUGGACUCAAAGCAAAAGGGAGGGAACAAUUUGACAUAUUACCAGGAACACAAGAAGAAUCUGUUACAAAUACGAACGUGACCUGAUAUUUAUGCAAAUUCUUUCUUUACAACUGAGAUUAGACGAACAUAAAGCAUACGAUUUUUAAUUAAGACUGAUAGAUAUCAUUAUUUUGUAUAGCGCAUAUUCCCUCUCAACAUCGAGCUCUUUCAACCUGUAUUGUCUAUUUAACUUGUUACGAAAGAUGAGAGCUUUGAAAUUGAAAUAUUAUUACAUUUGUUAUUUGAUUUAUAAGAGGUAUGCUUCUCUAUAUAUAGUAUCAAUAUCCUUUCUUUCAACAUCAAUAUGUAGCGUGUCCAAUAACUCAGGAGAAGUUAUGUUAUUAUGAAUGUGCUCGUUGAAAAGUACAUCUCACUGUCGUCUACAUGUGACUCGCGAUACACGCACUCGCAGUACGGUAAGUGAAAAGUUGAGGUAUUUUUCCUCUGUUUCAAUCAACAAGUUACAGAUACGUGGAUUUGGUUUCAUUGAGCAUAUCAAAGCGCUUCCCUGUUAAAAUCUGCCUUCAGUUAUUAGAAUCCAUCAACCUGCCAUGCCCCAUUCUUCGUAUCCUUUUCAGCCUUUCUCGUUUUGUAUUAAAGAGUUUAUUUUUCAAAAAUUCAUUUAUUACAUUUUUUAUAUAUAAAAAAAGAAAAUGAGUUUUCUCUCCUCACAAUGAAGCUUCAUCCAAAUCUA